AUGGAAGGAGGAGAAGAAGAAGUGAGUAUUAGAGAGCUAGCUUCGAAUCUCUCUACGUACAAAGAGCAACUCGAACAGGUUAGGCAGCUUUUGUCGGAAGACCCUAGAAACUUGGAAUAUGCAGACAUGGAAAAGGAGCUUAAAGAGGUGAUUGCAUUGACUGAGGAACUUCUUGCAACUGCGAAGCAAAAUGAGAUUUCUCUAUCAGAUGCUGGAGCAACUGCUGGAUCACCCAAUUUACCAGAGGGUACUUGGGGGAAAUUGGAUUCAAGGAAUGACCCAAUUCAUGAGGGUAAGUUCCCUGUUGGAACAAAAGUUCAAGCUGUCUUUAGUGAAGAUGGCGAAUGGUAUGAUGCGACCGUUGAAGCACAUACUCUAAAUGGAUACUAUGUUGCCUAUGAUGAGUGGGGAAACAAGGAAGAGGUUGAUCCAGAUAACGUGAGACCAAUAGAGCACAAUGCUCUCUUGGAAGCUGAGAGAAUAGCUGAAGCUACCAAAAAUGCUCUCAAAAGAAAGAUUGAGCAAGCUGCGAGUUCUGAUUAUCAGUCUAAAACUUUACCAGCAAAGCUUAAGAUCGAUCCUAAUGAUCCCGAGGAUGUGAAAAUUGCAAAGCGUAAGAAGAUACAUGCUUUCAAGUCAAAGGCGAGGCAGGAGCAACUCGAGGUUGUACAGAACAAGAAACAGAAUGCGUGGCAACAGUUUCAGACAACAAAAGCCAAAACUAAAAAGGUAGGGUUCUUCACAGGGAGGAAGAAAGAAAGUAUUUUCAAAUCUCCAGAGGAUCCGUUUGGAAAAGUUGGUGUGACCGGAAGUGGUAAAGGUUUAACAGAUUUCCAAAAGCGAGAGAAGCAUCUUCAUCUCAAGUCUGGUAAUGGUGAGGGCACUGAUGAAUGA